UUUUUAACCGAUCGCGGGAGGAGCUACCGUCAAUCUGGGCGAAGCAGAGAGCAGCGGCGAUCGUCAGAGUAGGAAGAAAACUCAAAGAUGGUGAAGUUUCUGAAGCCGGGAAAGGCUGUCAUCAUUCUCAAUGGCCGAUUUGCCGGUCGUAAGGCGGUUAUCAUUCGAUCUUUUGACGACGGCACCCGUGAUCGUCCUUACGGUCACUGCCUCGUCGCCGGAAUCGCUAAAUACCCUAGAAAGGUCAUACGAAAGGAUUCGGCCAAGAAGACGGCGAAGAAAUCAAGGGUCAAGGCCUUCCUAAAGGUUGUUAAUUACACCCACAUCAUGCCCACCCGAUACACCCUUGAUGUCGAUCUGAAGGAGAUUGUCACUCUUGACGCGCUCCAAUCUCGGGAUAAGAAGGUCACAGCCUGUAAGGAGACCAAAGCGCGUUUUGAAGAACGAUUCAAGACAGGGAAGAACAGGUGGUUCUUUACGAAGCUGAGGUUCUAGGUAAAGCGAAUGAUUCAUUGAGGCUAGGGUGCUUGCUCUUUGAGUAAUCCAGCGGUACGGUUUUCGAUUUUAUUUUUUUUGUUUCCGUGUUAUAAAUCUGGUACUGGUUAUCUUAUAAGAUUUUCAGGCUUUCUGUUC